AUGUCCGGCGCGGCCGACAAUGGUCUGCCAGCUGCGGAUCCCGAAAACGCUCUCUCGCACCCCGAGACGCGCCCGCGCAAGCGUCGCAGGCGAACUGUCGCCUGUUCGCAGUGUCGCUCGAAGAAACUAAAAUGCGAUCGCGAAUACCCUUCAUGUAGUCGCUGUGCUAAGAGCAGAAUUCCCGAACGGUGCACAUACGAAGAUAGCAUCAUUUGGCAAUAUCCAUCUACUGUCGACGCAUCAGCAUCAGCUUCGGCUGCGGUAGCAACAACAACCGCGCCUUCAACAACACCAAGCGCUCACAUCACGCUUCCACCGCCAAAUCGUGUGGGCGCUGCCUCGCCAGGCUUCGCGAAUGUCAUACGAGUAUCAUACCCCAAAUCAGCGACAGGAGCAGGAGCUCCGCCUCAACCGCUUUUCUCCGGGUCGCUAACCUCGUCUCAUUUUCAUCACAAUAUCUCUACUCCGGACCACCACCUCCGGCAACCUGGAUUGUCCAGGCCCCGGUUUCUGGAUACCGUGCUGGAUGGUCCUGGUCCGAACACACCCGCCACCAGCAGCUGGUCACGCAUUCCCGAUGCAAAUGCAACCCGGCCUGAUCAUGUCAGCAGCUAUGACAAUGCGCCGGCCUCGCCUUCACAGAGGCUGGACAUGCCGAAUAAAGUCUUGAUUCGAGGCAAAGGAACGAGAACCCGCUUCAAUGGUGGCGGAAUGGUGUCUAAUCUGAUGCUUCAGUUUCCAGAGCUGAAGUCCUUCCUCCAUGAAGUCAAGACAAACAAUCCUGAUUUUAGACGCGUGCGCCUGGCAAAGGAUGCACUCAAAAUUGGCAGUCUCAAAUCCAAAUUACAGGAUCCACUUAUGGCUCCUCCAAAUACUGCCACUUUGCUGUCGCUUCUCCCUCCCAAGGCGACCAUGGAUAAGCUGCUCCGUCUGUACAUGCUCUACGUAGAGUCGACGCAUCGCGUGAUACACAUUCCUUCUUUCCGACAAGAGCUCUCCGAGCUACAUGCCCACAUGAACAACCCGGACAUGGUUUCAGCAGCCUUCGUUGCCCAAGUCUUGCUUAUGCUUGCUUCUGCGGCGGGAUUUCACGAUGCUGAACCUCCUCAGGAUUUUGAUGAACCUCCCACUAGCAUCAACUCUGAGCAAGUAGUAGGGUGGAUUCGCUACGCUGAAAAGUGGUUUGAUUCUACACACAUCAAACGGCCCGAUCUGACCGUGUUACGCAUCCAGUGCUUGCUCAUAAUUGCGCAAAACAACCAGGGCCUAAACCGUAGCCACGCAUGGCUGGCUACAGGUAAUUUGGUCAAGACGGCUAUGCUUGCAGGCUACCACAGAGACCCUGAAGAUAUACCGAAAAUUAAUAUAUUCCACAAAGAAAUGCGAAGGCGCAUUUGGGCUACAAUCGUUGAAUUGGACGUCCAAAUCUCACUCGACAGGGGCAUGCCGCCGACUCUGCAGGCAUCGGACUUUGACACCGCACCGCCUUUAAAUAUCAAUGAUGACGAAAUCCACGAGAAUAUCACCGAGAAACCGAUGUCGCGGCCUGUCCAGGAAGUGACCGAUUGCUCUUUCCAGACUAUUCUCGCGCAGUCCCUUGCAUUGCGACUGAGGAUUUGCAGUAUAAUGAACUCUCCGGUCAUAUCAUGUUCCUAUGAAGACAUCCUCAGACUGGAAUGGGAGCUUGGCCGCCUCCAAGCAAGUAUUCCUGCGUGGCCCACCACCGCCGACAAAGAAAUUAGCCAUAAGCUCAUCCUGUGGAAUGCGACGCUCGAAACCAAAAUAGGCCAAGCACUCCUAGCAAUUCACACUCCGUUUGCCAUUGAAGCUGCCCAGGAUCCCCUAUUCAACCCGUCAUCCAGAUCUCGACUAGAAGUCGCAUCCCUCAUGUUGUCGCGACAUUUGAAACUCCACGAAACAUCGGGACGACUUUCCUUUGGCCAUUCCACGGACGCUAUCGGCCAAGCGGUCUUAUCCGUCCUUCAGCAUCUAUUCGCUAGACGGUCGGGGUAUGCAUCGAACCUCAUGCGCGAAAUGAUUCCAGAGAUUACCGACUCUCUUCUCGAUCUUGUUGAGAGGACUAUCACCGCCUUGGAAAGCAGACUGCUUCUGGUCAUCAAGAGCGCGAAGCAGUUUUUCUUCCUAUACAUGAUCUUCGCACUCGUGAAAUCGGAGUUGUAUCCCGAUCAGGCUGAGGAGGUUAGGAGUGUCAUUCUCGACCGUAUUUGCACGACUACGUAUCGUAUUUUGCGGGGCGUUGAUGGGACGUCUAAUGCAGAUGGAGUUGAUCUUUCAUUCCUUGCCCAAGCUCCGAGCGUCCCAUCCAGCCACGAGAAUAACACGCCUCUAGAAAGCGUGCCAGGGUCGUUUGAAAGUAACAACCUGUCCGAUCUUUUGCUGACGCCACCGGACGACUUCAACAGUCUCCUUCAAGUCCUCGACUGGGAAGAUUUCUCGGCGUUUCCGAUAUCAAUGUGA